GAAACGCAGUUAUUUUCAUACAGUAUAGUAUUGACUACUCUAUUAUCAAAUGAAUGCAGCCCAGAUACCUGUGAUUGACAUUUCUCCACUGAUAACCAGUAAGGGAGAAAUCAGUUAUCAAAAUGUAGUCAGAAAAAUUGCUUCGGCUUGCUUAGAGUAUGGAUUCUUCUACGUCUCUGACCACAACAUCAAGGCAACCCUUCAAAAGGGCCUUUUUGAUUGCCUGUGGCAAUUCUUUUGCCUUCCGCAAAACCAAAAGGAUGAGAUACGCAAAAAGGAGGGAUCAUUUCGUGGAUAUUUUGGAAUGGAGGAGGAAGUAUCGACAGAGACAAAAAUAUCAGAUUGGAAAGAGGGCAUUUACUACUUCCAAGACAUCAACCUUCCUAAGAAUCGCCCAGAAUCUGUCUUCAAUGGCACAAACCCGUUACCCAAGAAGGAAUAUUUGCCAAACUUCGAAAACGUUAUCAUGGAAUACUUCCAAAAGACUAUAACUCUUGGCUCUACUAUAAUGAGUGCUGUUGCAGUUGGAUUAGGUGUUGGAAAAGAUUUUUUUGAGGAGAAGUUUACCUCUGAACCAUUUGUGCAGCUGGCAAUGUUCCAUUACCCACCAUACAAGAAUGCAAUUCAUAAUGACGACUUCAAGUGGGGAGUACAAGAACACACAGAUUAUGGGGUACUAACUGUGCUCAUGCAGGAUGAUGUUGGUGGCUUACAAGUACAGCUAAAAAAUUGUGAAUGGAUAGAAGUUCCACCCAUUCCAAACACCUUUGUGAUCAAUAUUGGUGAUGCACUCGAAUCAUGGACCUCAGGUGCAUACAGGGCUGCUCCGCACAGAGUACUAGCAUCAUCAUCAAGGGAUAGAAUGUCAGUUGCUAUGUUUUACGCACCAAGCUUUGAUUGUGUUGUCACACCAAUUCCAUUGGAAAAUACUGUUAUCCCAGUUGAAGCUGCUAAUGAGAAUUUAAAGAUGAAAUCCACUUUUGUUUAUGGAGAAUAUGUCUUAAGUAAGUACAGAGCAAUUUUAGAUCAUAACUAAAGAACCUGCCUUUCAAGUGAAAAAUGGUUUUAGAAUGGACAUUGCCUUUUGAUAAAAUAUGAAAUUUACAACACUUUGUUUGUACAAUAGAAACAAUUGUAAUUAGUUAAUUGCAGUUUUUUUCUAACUCAUUUCAAGGUUAUGGUGUAUCAUAAUUGUCAAGAAUCUUGCUUUCUGAUUGGUCAAUGCAUGUGCUUUAGGAGUGCAUACAGUAUUUAUCCUUUGUUGCUGACUUACACGCCAGCAGGCAUAUGGGCAGUUAAUAAGUAAUAAAUUGUAACAGUAUUUUGUGC